AUGACCAAACACACUCCCGACUCCCUUCGCUCCCGCGUCUCUUCCCUCUCUCUCCGCCUUCAGGCAAUGGAGCACGCCGAAGCUCUCUCGCGCUCUCAAUCCCCCGCGCCCUCCAUGUCCGCCUCCACCACCGCCGCCGCCGCCCCGGGCCCGGCCUCGAAGCACUUCCUCCUCGCCGACAUGAACGGCCGCCCAGCCUCCCAGAACCCCGUCUGCGAGUCCUGCUGGAAUACCCUCCGCUACAGCGAGGUCCGCCAGACCGUUCGCGCCGCCAACCCGGCCGCCUGCAAGCUCUGCGCCGUUGCCGCCAGUAAACCAGAGGCCUACACCCAGCCCUUUGUCGACUUCCUGUCUGAGAACCCCACAAUCUUCCACGCCGUCUCCUACUUCAAGGACAAGCUCGCUGCCGCAGGAUAUACUGAGCUUCCCGCCCGCGAAAGCUGGACCUCCAAGGUCCAGCCCGGAGGCAAAUACUGGACCACCCGCAAUGGUUCUGCUCUUAUCGCCUUCUCCGUCGGCGAGUCCUACAAGCCCGGCAACGGUGUCGCCAUGAUCGCCGGCCACAUCGACGCCCUCACCGCCAAGCUCAAGCCUGUCAGCUCCAAGCCCACCCGUGCCGGAUACCAUCAGCUCGGCGUCGCCCCCUACGCUGGUGCCCUCAACCAGACCUGGUGGGACCGAGACCUCUCCAUCGGUGGCCGUGUUAUCGUCCGCGAUCCCGAGACCAACAAGACGUCUACCAAGCUCGUCCGCCUCGACUGGCCCAUCGCCCGCAUCCCCACCCUCGCACCCCACUUCGGCGUCGGCAUGAUGGGCCAAAACAACCCGGAGACCCAGGCCGUCCCCAUUAUCGGCCUCGACUCUUCAGACCCGGACGCCGCCUCCGCCACCCCUGUCGAACCCCUCGGCCCCAAGGGCGCCUUCGUCAACACCCAGCCCCCCAAGCUCGUCAAGCUCGUCUCCAAGGAGCUUGGCCUCGCCUCCCCUACCGAAAUCGUGAACUGGGAACUCGAACUCUACGACUCCCAGCCCGCGCAGACGGGUGGUCUCGACCGCGAAUUCAUCUUUGGCGGCCGCAUCGACGACAAGGUUUGCUCCUGGGCCGCCCUCACCGGUCUCCUCGCAGCCGACUCGGACCCCAAAGACGGCAUAAUCAAGCUCGUGGCCCUCUUCGACGACGAGGAAAUCGGAUCCCUCCUCCGCCAGGGCGCCCGAGGCAACUUCCUCCCCCUCACCAUCGAGCGCGCCGUCGAGGCCCUGAGCGAACAUGCCGACGUCGCUUUCGGUUCAAACGUCAUUGGCCAGACCUUUGCCUCCUCCUUCCUCCUGUCUGCGGACGUAACCCACGCAGGAAACCCCAACUUCCUGGGUCUGUACCUGGACGAGCACAUCCCCAAGCUCAACGUUGGUAUCGCCAUCUGCGGCGACAGCAACGGCCACAUGACCACCGACGCCGUCUCCACGGCCAUCCUACAGCGUGUUGGCGAGCUGAGCGGGUCCGCGACGCAGACGUUCCAGAUCCGCAACGAUACCCGCAGCGGUGGCACUGUUGGACCCAUGCUCAGCUCCGCCAUGGGUGUUAGGGCUGCGGAUGCGGGAUUGCCGCAGUUGAGCAUGCACUCCAUCCGCGCCACGACGGGUGCGCUGGACCCUGGUUUGGGCGUCAAGUUCUUCAAGGGGUUCUUGGAUCUCUUUGAGAAGGUUGACGCGGAGUGGCAGUAA